AAAGACCCAAGCCUUAUAAUAAGGGAAUUGAGAAGAACCCAGAGACUUGGCUGAGCGUUGACAGUGAACAAGGAAUGGACACUGACACUAUUCCAUUCUUUGGAGCAGGUUUUCAGCCGCCUGGUACCCCUGAAAUACAAGGCAGGCAGAAUCUCUCAGAGGAGGCAUGGUGGUUUCUAACAGGAUCAUUAUCCACCACCAUCAUCCCGUCCUUCUACACACUGGUCUGCCUCCUCAGUUUGCCCAUCAACAUCUGUGCACUGCUGAUCUUUAUAAAAAGAAUAAAGCCUAAGAAGCCAGCAGUGAUCUACAUGAUGAACCUGGCCUGUGCUGACCUGCUCUUCUCCAUGGUGCUGCCCUUCAAGAUCUCCUACCACUUCAACGGAAACAACUGGAUAUUCGGUCGUGCCAUGUGCCGUAUAGUCACUGCAGCCUUUUACUGGAACAUGUACUGCUCCGUUCUGCUCAUCUCCCUCAUCAGCGUGGACCGGCUUCUCGCUGUGGUCUAUCCUAUCCAGUCUUUGUCGUGGAGAAGUCCUGCGAAGGCAGUCAUUGCCUGUGCAGUCAUGUGGAUGUUCUCCUUUGUUGGCUCAAUGCACCUCCUCUCCACUGAACAGACUUCCAACGUCACAGAGUUCAACAUCACCACCUGCCAUGACAUCCAACCCUCACAGCCUUUCUUGUGGUACAAGACAUACUACAUCACCCUCUGCUUCCUCCUCUUCUUCCUGCCUCUCAUCAUCACCAUGGUGUCCUACACUCGGGUGAUUUUGACUCUGAGUAAAGUCCAACCAGAGGUUCCAGACCACUCACAGAAAAAAAGAAGAGCAGUGUUCUUGACUGCAACAGUACUGGUGAUGUUUGUGCUGUGUUUCUUACCCACUAACAUCAUCUACAUCGUGCAUCAGCUGAUGUAUUCUGAAGAAAUAGAAGACCAGGAGAAAGAGAUGAAUCCUGACAGGCUCUAUGUAAUCUAUUUAGUCUUUCUGUGUUUAGGAAGUCUCAACUGCAUCCUUGAUCCUCUGGUCUACUACUUUGGAUCAUCCCAGUUCCAGAAAGAGCUAUCCAGUAUGAUGGGAUGCCAAAAGACCAAACAGAGCACCACUGGUGGUCAGUCACCAUCUGGUCCAAGCAAUACAAGCAGGUCCGCCAGCCAAAUCACAGUGAAAUCAAACCGCAAAGAAAAUGCUAGAAAGAACACUACCUAUUAAUUGUGACUCUUCUCAGGGGAAUCUUUGCAGCCAAUGUAAGAAGCAAGCGGUCUGAUAGGCACAUCAGGCAGGCAUCAAAGGGAAAUUCCACAAUUUUUAAGCAUGGCUCCUUUUACAUCUUUUAAAAUCUUUAUCACAUUGGGGCACAAAAGGUUUAAAAUUGCUGAAGCAGAUUGCUUCAGUCUUUGGUUGCACUACAUACUUAGUACAUUGACAUACACAGUUAAGUCAGGCUGUUAGGAACUGUAACUGGACUACUGUUCUUGUCUCAGUAUACAGGCACCUGGGGCGACUCAGUUUGACAUGAGCACGUCCAGCUCUCCAACAACUGGUGGUGAUAA